CGAGGAUAUCCGGAAGGGAUGGAUGGGGCGCUCGGCUCAGGGCUGUCACAUGGAAAGGGAUUCACCCAAGGGAAGAAUGGCUUUGGGAGGCAGUGAGCUGCCUGUCCCCGGAAGUGUCCAUCCAGAGCAGAGGCUACAUGGGCUGGGGGCAGGGGGGGGAGUCCUGCUGCGGGAAGGGGCUGGGUUUGCCCUGCCAGGCCCUGCCCGGCGCCGAGGCUCCGUACUUCCAUCCCAUCCACAGCUGCUAAAGUUCCGGACCCAGCGAUGUCCCCAGUACCAGAAACUUCUGGAGGAGACAGUGGCGGGAGAAGAGUACCAGGCAGCCCUCGAGGGCUGGAGAGAGUUCCUGGUGCACCUGGGGAACCUCACAGGCUUAUCCCUGGCCGACGGGCCCCUCCACAGGGCCUGGAAGGUGCUGGACACCUUGACCUGUCAGCGAGCCCACCGGCUCCCCCUCCCUGAGUGGGCCACCCCAGAGGUGCUCAGGUCUCUGGCCCAGGUGUCAGCCCUGGACGUUCGAGCCCACGUGGGCCCCCCGAGGGCAGAGGAGAAGGCCCAGCUCACUGGAGGAAUCCUGCUCGAUGCCAUCCUAACCAAUUUUACCCAGGUCCAGGCCCGAGGGCUGCCUCUCAAGAUGAUUAUGUACUCAGCUCACGACAGCACCCUGCUGGCGCUCCAGGGAGCCCUGGGCCUCUACGACGGCCACCACCCGCCUUAUGCUGCCUGCCUCGGGUUCGAAUUCUGGAAGCACCUGGGAAAGCCAGAGCCAGAGGAAGAGGAGGGGAACAUAACUGUCUCUCUCUUCUAUCGUAACGACUCUUCCCGGCCACCCCUGACGCUGGAGCUGCUGGGCUGUCCCUCCCCAUGCCCGCUGGGCCGCUUCCGCAGGCUCACUGCCCCAGUCCGGCCGCCCCCAGGGGGACCUCCCUGCCACCGCCCCACCAAGGAUGCUGACCCCGCAGGCGCUGCGGUGCCCGUGCUGGCAGGGACUGUGGGGAUCCUCGGCGUCCUCAGCCUGGGGCUCGGGGCUGCGCUGUGGAGCCGGGGUUCUCCGGCACCCAGGGAAGGCCCGGUCUAAGGGGGAGACUCCCAGCUUGAGGGUCCAUUG